AUGGAACAGCCAAAGGACGGGCCUGAGUCCGAGAGGAACAACCUGCCCCUGCCUUCGCCUGGGACUGAGUCAUGGCCCUCUGCACCUGGCCCGGCCCUGCCAGCUUCCCUCCUCGGCACCCCAGACCCAGCCCACCUGGGGCUCCCCGAGAGCCUGGCCUCGGUGACGGUCCCCAUCCGCCUGGACGCCCUGUCCUACCUCCUGCACAGCGCCCUCCUGGGGGCCUACAGCCUGCAGCAGUCUUUGCCUUCCUGUGCCUGCGCCGCCCACCCGUGCUGUCCCCAGCCCUGCACUGCCAAGAGGCCGCCCAGGGGACGCGGCGGCGAGUGGGAAGCCUGGCGCAGGCCGGGCCGAGGCCAGGCCCAUCAGCGGUGGGGCUUCGGGAGGGCUGAGCAGCCAGAGAGGGGCUGGCAGGGCGGGCCUGGGGCUGGCCCCAAGACCCGAUCCAUGACACAGCCAUCGCCGCCGCCGCCCACCCAGGAUGGGAAGAUGGAAGAGCCACCCCUGGAGACGCCACCCACUGCCGAGGACUGGGAGACAGAGUACUAG